AUGACCAUGAAUUCUCACCACAAGCCCAAGGUGUUCUUAUUCGGCCCUCAGGCCCUGGCGCUCGACGUGAGCUUCUUUCGCCAGCUCAGCCUUCAUCUUCAUGCGGAUCCUCACGGCAAGUGGGCUUUGAGCACGGUAUCCGAACUGCCACAACUCUGGGAAACGCUCAUCAGCUCCAUCCCCAAGUUGCAACAUUUCAGCGGUGCCCAAUUGCUCCAAGACCUCGACCAAGGCUUGCAAACAGGAGACAUCUCACCCUCUCUCUUUCCACUACCCAACACUCUCCUCUCUCCCUUGGUCGUCAUCGCUCAGCUGACACAAUAUGUGGACUUAAUUACGGCGGCAUUACCCAACCUUGGGGAGAACGACAAAUUCCCGGCGUCCAUCACAGAAAGCUCGGAGACACUCGGCCUAUGUACCGGCAUCCUGAGCGCCUUUGCCGUUUCUUCAUCCUCCAACCUGGCUGAACUCUACAAGAAUGGGGCCGUAGCAGUCCGUCUUGCCAUGCUUGCUGGCGCGCUGGUCGACGCAGAGCAAGCAUCGCCCGAUUCCAAUGGCGUUGCGACAUCAGUUUCGGUCUCGUGGAACGGUGCUGAGACUAAGGCCAGUCUGUAUGGAGUAUUAGAGAAGUGCCCUGCGGCAUACAUAUCUGUCUACGUUGAUGAGAAGCGAUCGACAGUGACUCUGCCUCAGCAGGAGGCCGCUGAUUUGAUUCAGCAGAUGAAGAGCCUUGGCUUGCACGUGUCUGAAGUGCCAUUGAGCGGACGAUUCCACUGGCCAGGACAUGCGGAAGAGGCAGAGCAACUUAUUGCGCUCUGUAAAAGCCAUGACAUAUUGCAGUUCCCUGAAUCUUCAAAGAUCAUUCUGCCCAGCGUUCUAGCCAGCGGCGCGAGCCUCCAUGAAAUCGCGCUGCGCGAAAUUCUUAUACGACCUUCGCACUGGCUAGAAACCUUCACCAGCGUCUAUACAACCCAUGUGGAAGUUGGCGGCGCUACAUUUAUCUGCUUAGGCCCAGAGCGGUGCGUACCGCCCACAAUGACAAGAAAGCUGGGCACCCAGCUGGUGCAGGUCUCGGAGAUUGAUCCGGCAGCUUCUUCCCUACCUGCGCAGCUUGUGGGCCAGCACAUGGAUGACCUCCCAGAUGAUCGGGUUGCGGUCAUUGGCAUGGCCUGCCUGGUCCCAGGUGCUGACGAUCUAGAGGGAUACUGGAGCAUCCUCUCUAGAGGCCAGUCCCAGCAUACCGAGGUACCGCUCGAGCGCUUCUCAAUGCAGACUCCAUUUAGAGAGCUAGAUCCCAGCCGGAAGUGGUACGGCAACUUCAUCGCUGACUACGACGCUUUCGACCACAAAUUCUUCAAGAAGAGUCCGCGCGAGUCAGCAUCGGCAGAUCCCCAACAUCGAUUGAUCAUGCAAUUGGCGUACCAGGCUGUGGAGCAGUCCGGUUAUUUCAGUGCUUCGAAAAAGCAAGGGGAUGAGCAUAUCGGCUGCUAUAUCGGAAUCGGUAACGUCGACUACGACCGGAACAUCGCCUGUUACCCAGGGAACGCCUAUUCUGCCACAGGAAACCUGCGCAGUUUCGUCGCCGGCAAGGUCAGCCACUACUUUGGCUGGACGGGCCCGAGUGUGACAGUCGACACUGCCUGUUCCUCCUCGGGUGUCGCAGUCCAUCAGGCCUGCCGCGCUAUCCUUCACGGUGAAUGCACUACUGCGUUGGCUGGUGGCGUCAAUGUCCUUACCAACCCUGACUGGUUCCAUAAUCUCGCUGGUGCUUCCUUCUUGAGCCCAACUGGCCAGUGCAAGCCUUUCGAUGCCGCAGCUGAUGGGUAUUGCCGAGGAGAAGGCGCCGGGGUGGUUUAUCUCAAGAAGCUGUCCUCCGCAAUCGCCGAUGGUGAUCAAGUUCUCGGGGUGAUUUCCAGCACAAGGGUCUACCAGAACCGCAACUGCACCGCGAUCACCGUCCCCAACACGGAGUCUUUGUCAGAGCUCUUUGGCGAUAUCGUCCAACAAGCUAGGCUCCCUCCGCACGCCAUCACGGUCGUCGAGGCGCAUGGAACGGGCACACCUGUCGGCGAUCCGGCCGAGUAUGCAGCAAUCAAGGAAACACUGGGUGGAUCAAUUCGCUCGGAUGUGCUUUCGCUGAUGUCGGUCAAGGGACUCCUUGGUCACACCGAGUUCGCCUCGGGGAUCAUCUCCCUGGUGAAGAUCCUCCUCAUGAUGCAGGAGGGCUCUAUCCCACCGCAGGCCAGCUUCAAUUCCAUCAAUCCUGCCCUACACGCUGUGCGCGAGGACAUGAUCGACAUCCCGACAAAGUUGAGGCCCUGGAAUGCCGACUUCCGGGCGGCUCUAAUUAACAACUACGGAGCUUCCGGAUCCAAUGCUUCCAUUGUCGUCACACAGGCACCCAAGCGCAGCUCCAAUGAUUCAAAGACCUCCCUCGUGAGCGCAGAUGGGGUGAAAUUCCCAUUCUGGUUCACUGCGCACGAUUCCCAGAGCCUUCGCGCAUACAUCGUAAAGUUCAGGGACUUCCUACGGCGACAUAGCAGCUCGACGAAGAACCUAAGCGCAUGCAAUGUCUCCUUCCAGCUAGCUCGCCAGUCUAAUCGGACCCUUCCCAAGGCUUUACAACUGACAGCUUCUUCUGCCACGGACUUGGACCAGAAUUUGCUUGCCUUUCAAAAAGGAGAGCUCGCGGAAACAGAGCUCCCGCCUCCCCGUCCGGUCAUUCUGUGCUUCGGCGGACAGAUCUCCACAUUUGUCGGACUGUCUGAGGAAGUAUAUCACCAGGUCGCAGGUUUGAAAGCCCACCUGGACGAGUGCGAUGCUGUCGGUCAAUCCCUGGGUCUGGGUAGCAUAUAUCCUGGCAUUUUCCAGAGGUCUCCCAUUGAGGACACCGUACUGCUUCAGACAAUCUUAUUUGCCAUGCAGUAUUCCUGUGCGAGACUCUGGAUUGAAUCAGGAGUCCAGGUGGCUACUGUAGUGGGACACAGCUUUGGUGAGCUGACAGCACUUUGCAUCGCGCAGGUUUACUCCCUGAGAGACGCGCUCCGGAUCGUCUCUGGUCGUGCUCGUCUUGUACGGGAUAGCUGGGGCACGGAAAAAGGAUCCAUGCUCGCCGUUGAGGCGGAUUUGGCGGAUGUACAAUCCCUGAUUUCCGAGUCCCAGAAGGCAUCGGGCGGUCUCUCUGAUGUUUCGAUCGCUUGUUACAACGGCCCCAGGCUCUUUACACUGGCUGGAUCUUCCCAGUUCAUUGAACUCACCCAAGACCUGGCAAAGAGCAGUCCUGUGUUUGCAAGCAUCAAGGCAAAGAGACUAAACGUCAGCAACGCCUUCCACUCCUCCCUUGUUGACCCCCUCAUUCCUGACCUCGAGACACUCGGUCAAGCGAUUACCUUCCAUGAGUCCACUAUUCGCAUCGAACAUGCCACCGAGUCCAGAACUACCGGCAGACCAGCAGGCAAUUUCUUCUCUCAGCACCUAAGGAACCCGGUAUUCUUCGAUCAUGCUGUCCAGCGUCUGGCUAAGGAGUUCCCGUCUGCCAUUUGGCUCGAGGCUGGAUCGAAUUCCACCGUCACCACCAUGGCCAGCCGCGCCCUAGGCAAGGCAACCUCAGCUCAUCAUUUCCAGUCCGUCAAUAUAACCGGGGAUUCCUCCUCCCUUCAAAGUCUAGUUGAGACUACGGUGAAACUGUGGAAGGAAGGCUUGAAUGUCACCUUCUGGGGACACCACGCCCGACAAAUUGAUGAUUAUACACCUGUCAUCCUCCCUCCCUACCAGUUCGAGAAGAGCCGACAUUGGAUGGAGUUGAAAGAGCCCCCGAAGGUCGAAGUUCCGGUUGUUCAGUCCUCGCAACAUUCCGACGUGCCGAAAGGCUUGACCACGCUUCUGACCUAUCAGGAUCCGUCCAAGCAGUCUGCGCGAUUCCAAGUCAACACGGAGAUAGACAAGUUUCAGCGGCCAGCUUCUGCUAAUCUCGUCGCUGGAACGGCUGCGGUUGCGCCAGGCAUUCUUCAUCUACAAAUCGCGCUGGACGCGCUGAUGAGUCUCCAGCCGGAUUUCAGCAAUUUCAAGUACGAGCCAGAGGUCCGGGACAUAUCUUACCACAGCGCACUCCUCGCCAGUCAUUCCGGGGACGUCUACCUCGAUGUGGCCUGCAAAGACGACAAAGGUCUUACUUGGAACUGGUGGCUCCGCUCGAACCACUCAGAGUUCAGCUCCGGAACGGCCGAGUUCCGACCUGCCAGUGACCCUAGGCUGAUAGCCGAUUAUGAGAGCCUGAGCCGCCUGAGUGGACGGAAGAGCUGUGCAGGCCUUCUUCAUGGUGGUCAAGCUGAAGAGGUCCUCCAGGGCCGCAAUAUCUACCGUGCCUUUGAACAGGUGGUCAAGUAUGGGGAGCUGUUCCGCUGUGCCACCAAGAUCGCAGGGAGAGACAACGAGUCGGCAGCCCAGGUCACCAAAGCCUACCAAGGCGAAGCGUGGAUCGACCAUGUGCUGACCGAGUGCUUUUGCCAGGCGGCAGGCAUCUCCGUUAACCUGAUGAACGACUCGUCGGACUUGAACGAACGGGGUAUCUUCGUCUGUGAUGGCAUUUCCAGAUGGACGCGCAAGCCCCGGCUGGGUGCGACUGGUUCGCUACCGGACAAUUGGGAGGUCUUUGCAGUUCACCAUCAGGAAUCGGCGAGUAAAUACGUCAGCGAUGUAUUCGCUUUCGAUCCUCGUGAUGGAUCAUUGAUCGAGGCGAUUCUGGGUGUCUCGUAUCAGAAAAUACCCAUGGACACCUUGCGAAGUGUUCUGUCUCGUGGUGCCGAACCAAGACACGCUUCUUCUGCUCCUCCUGCCGUUGCUGUGCCUCUCCCACCAGUGAAUUCCUCUCCCCAUCCCACCAAAGACUACAGCACCUCAGCACCGAGUAUAACACCAGUGAAUGGGUCAAUCAAGGCAAAGGUAGCCAAACCACCCAGAGAAGACUUCACGGCCAAAACCCGGGAGAUCAUCUGCAAUCUGUCUGGCUUGGAACCGGACGAGAUUCAAGAUGACUCCGAUCUGAUUGAACUGGGCAUCGACUCUCUCAUGGCAAUGGAACUUGUCUCUGAGGUGAAGGCUGCAUUCAAGUGCACGCUCCAGAACGAGCAGCUGAUGGAGUUGACCGAUUUUAAGAGUCUGGUUGUGUGCAUCCAGUCUGUGCUAGGGUUUGAGGAUGUGGACGAUGCGGACGAAGAGCCAACCGAAGUCAUCCCCGAGACAAAUGGGACAAAUGGGGCCGUCCACACCAACGGUGUGAAUGGUGCGAAUGGUGUGAAUAAAGUCAAUGGUACCAACGGUAUCAAUGGAAACGGACUUCAUACGAAUGGCGGCAAUACCCACGCAUCCUUCACCACCGCUACGGUCCGAGAGACCUUCAGCCAGAUCAAAUGGGCUACGGACGAUGCCAUCGUCCGCGGCCAACUCGCCAACUACUACAAAGAGGUCAUGCCACGAUCGACCGAGCUCUGCAUUGUCUACAUUCUGGAUGCCUUCGAGAAACUUGGCUGCCCUAUCCGAUCCGCUGCGCCUGGCCAGCGGCUGGAGCGCAUUCCGUAUGAUCCCAAGCAUGCACAAUUCAUCGACCUGAUCUACGGCCUCCUAGAAACCGAUGCACGUCUGAUCGAUAUCAAAGAUGGAGAAAUCAUCCGCACCGCCGUUGCGGCGCCGACUUCCUCGGCAGAGACCCUGCUCGCAAAGCUACUCCACGACGAGCCAGUCCAUGCCGCUGAGCACAAGCUCACCGCAAUUGUUGGCGCGAGAUUCGUGAAGUUGAUUACCGGAGAGGAGGACGGUGUGCAAUUGAUUUUUGGCACCUCCGAAGCCCGCGAGGUUGCGUCUCAAAUGUACGCCAAGUCACCCAUUAACACAGCCUGGAUCCAGCAGCUCGCAGACUUCCUCCACCAGCUGCUCGACAGACUACCACGGACUGGGGAGCCUAUCUGUAUUCUCGAGAUUGGCGCGGGGACUGGCGGCACGACAAGUAAAAUCGUGCCUCUGCUGGCUGCGCUGGGUGUGCCCGUCAAGUAUACCAUGAGCGACAUCUCUGGCUCGCUGGUCGCGGCUGCACGCAAGCGAUUCAAGCAGUACCCGUUCAUGGAGUUCAAGGUCGUCAACAUGGAGACGGAGCCGGAUGCCAAAUUCUUCGAGAGCCAGCACAUCAUCCUCGCGACAAACUGUGUCCAUGCCACUCGCAAUCUGUCCAUCUCACUGAAGAACCUGCAUCGGAUGCUGCGGCCAGAGGGCUUUCUGGUCAUGCUCGAGAUGACGGAGCAGGUGCCGUGGGUGGAUUUCAUUUUUGGAUUCCUCGAGGGCUGGUGGCUGUUCGAAGACGGGCGAAACUAUGUUCUUCAGCCUGCAAGCUACUGGGAGCAAGUGUUACAAUCAACGGGAUAUGGCCACGUCGACUGGACGGCGGGCGACCUUCCAGAAGCCAACAUUCAGCGGCUGAUUAUAGCUCACGCAUCUGGACCUAGGUAUGAACACGCGCCAAAACCUGCUUUGCCUUCCAUUGUCGAGCCCCAGUUGACGUUCGACAACCCAGAGCGUGAGGCCAUGAUUGAGGCAUAUGUCACCAAGUACACGGCCGAUUUUAUCCCGCCAUCGCCAACCAACGCAGCACCGCACAAUGCUUCGGCGAGUACAGAACAGUGUGUGCUCGUCACCGGCGCCACGGGCAGUCUGGGCUCUCACGUCGUGGCUUAUCUCGCUCAUCGCCCGGAUAUCACCAGAAUCAUCUGCCUCAACCGGCUCAGCACUGUCGAUGCAAACGAGCGUCAGCGCGCCUCGCUUGAGAAGCGCGGCAUCACCCUCGAUGCAGCACCCCUGUCAAAGCUUCAUGUGCUUGAAACGGAUACGAGCAAACCCAAUCUUGGCUUGUCGCCGGAGACGUACACCCACCUCACUCACACCGUUACCCACAUUGUUCACAGUGCCUGGCCCAUGAGCCUGACCCGACCCAUCCGCACCUAUGAGACGCAGUUCAAAACGGCGCGCAACCUGCUCACCCUCGCCUCGGACAUAAUUGCACGGCGGCCCGCACCCUUCAAGCUUGGCUUUGAGUUCGUUUCCUCGAGCGCCGUCAUCGCCAAUUAUCCGCUUUGGACGGGAAGCCCACUUGUCCCCGAGAAGCCCGGCACAAUCGCCUCGCUCCCGGGCACGGGCUACGCCGAGGCAAAACUUGUCGUCGAGCGAAUGCUAGCUCGGACACUUUAUCAGUAUCCGGAAUCUUUCCACGCGCUGGUGGUUCGUGUCGCCCAGAUCGCCGGUUCCACGUCCAACGGGUAUUGGAAUCCCACUGAGUACAUGCCCUUCCUCAUCAAGUCAUCUCAGGUGCUUAGGUUGCUGCCGGACCUGGACGGUACACUCUCGUGGUACCCGGUGAACGAUGUCGCUGCUACUCUAGGCGAAUUGCUCCUCACCGAGACUUCGACGGAUCUGAUCUACCACAUCGAUAACCCAUCACGACAGGAUUGGAAGGACAUGAUUAGUACCUUGGCGCGUGCGCUGGGUAUUCCUCAGGAGGGAAUUGUGCCAUUUCAGACAUGGGUGGACCGUGUGAGGAGGUUCCGGGGCAGUGUGAGCGAUAACCCGGCGCUGCAGUUGAUCGAGUUCUUUGAUCAUUAUUUCGUGCCAAUGUCGUGCGGCGGGUUGGUCUUAGAUACAGACAAGGCCACUAAGCACUCACAGACGCUAAGGCAAUCCGGGCGGAUUGACGAGGAGCAGAUCUUGAAGUACAUAGUGAGGUGGAAGCAGGAGGGAUUCUUGAACGCAUAG